AUGACAACCACACCUGCCCGAAGACCCAGUGUCUCACCUUCACCCCACACCUGCCUGAAGACCCAGUGUCCUACCUUCACCCCACACCUGCCUGAAGACCCAGUACCCAGUGUCCUACCUUCACCCCACACCUGCCUGAAGACCCAGUGUCUCACCUUCACCCCACACCUGCCUGAAGACCCAGUGUCCUACCUUCUACCUUCACCUCACACCUGCCUGAAGACCCAGUGUCCUACCUUCACCCCACACCUGCCUGAAGACCCAGUGUUCUCUCCUGGACGGGGGCUGGUCCUGUUCCCUCAGAUAGGGGAUAAAAUGGACAUCGUGUGUCCCCGGGUGAGGCCAGGGGUGGUGGAGAACAAGGAGCCGGAGUACUACCGCGUGUACCUGGUGACCCGGGAACAACUCCACAGCUGCAGCAUCAGCCAAUCGGACACCCCGUUACUCAACUGUGACAAGCCGGACAGAGACGUGAAGUUCACCUUCAAGUUCCAGGAGUUCAGCCCUAAUCUCUGGGGCCUGGAGUUUUUCAAGGGAAGGGAAUACUAUAUCACCUCGACCUCCACCAGCUCUCUACAGGGCCUGGACAACACUGAUGGAGGAGUGUGUAGAGCCACAUCCAUGAAGCUGGUACUGAGAGUAGGACAGAGUUCCUCCAAUCCCCUUCCUCUCCCUAAAGAGCCUCCCACCAGGUUCCCCCCUCAGCACCCCGAGGCCCCAGACAACGAGCUUCCCAUUAAAGACAAUGAUGUGACGAACAACGCUGGUAUCGAAGGAGACAUUGACACAGAAGGCAGAGCCUCGUCAACAGAAGGCGGAUCCAUCGGCUCUGAGGUCGGACUCUUCGUUGGCGUGGCCUGUAGCAUCGUCCUCCUCCUAUUGGUCAUCGUGGUCCUACUGAUGGUGGUGUGGCGGUACCACAGGCGCCACGCCACGCCGGACAGGGACGUCCAACAGUCUCUGUCCCUCAACACCCUGGCCACGCCCAAGAGAGACAGCUACGGAGGGAGUAGCGAGGACAUCCGGUUAGAGCCCAGCCACAUGGUUUUUCCUCCGAGGCCCUCUGACUCCGUGUUCUGUAGGCACCAUGAGAGGGUCAGUGGAGACUACAGACAUCCUGUUUAUAUGGUACAGGAGAUGCCUCCACAGAGUCCUACUAAUAUAUACUACAAGGUCUGAGGGACCUGUGGGUCUUCUCACUGCGGCCAAGGACCAAUGGAAUGAAUGAAGAGUUGUUCAGUCCCCCGUGAGGAAGACGUCGCCGCUGUGUGCUUUAUGAAGUCAGUGGGCCAAGGACCAAUGGAAUGAAUGAAGAGUUGUUCAGUCCCCCAUGAGGAAGAGACGUCCUCGCUGUGUGCUUUAUGAUGUCAGUGGGCCAAGGACCAAUGGAAUGAGCUUUUUAUUUUAUUUUUAGAAAACACACUCUCUGAACAGACAUUAUCAAGGCCAGAGAAUCAAAUCAUUUGGGCCACGUUUUAUUUCCUUGGAGAGAGAGAAUGGAUAAAGGCAGUAAAGACAGAGUGCAUUCUGGGAUUUUCACUAGGAAAGCUAACUCUGAGUUGGCAAAGACUUGCUGUUACAUGUACUGCUGCUAAACGAGGAACUGUCUUCUUUUUGAAUAAAAGAGAUCCAUGUUUUAGACUCGGAGCACAAUUUAGCAAAUGGAAACUUGAAAAUGUGAGAGAUUUUGAAUAUAAUUUGAAUAUAAUUUGUGUAAAACAUUUUAUUUUUGUGAUAUGGUAUUUUGAUGUUAACUCAUGCUGAAAUGAAUGCCUCUUAACUAUUUGUAGUGUCAUAACUGUCAGUCUGUCUCAGGUAACAAUGUCUCACUGUCACGAUCGUCGUAUGGAAUGGACCAAGGUGCAGCGUGGUGAGCGUACAUUUUUAUUUAUUUUGCAAAUGUCGCCAACAUAACAAUAAUACAACAAAAACCGACCGCGAAGCUCCUGCACAAACGAAGACAACGACCCACAACGACCAAAAGGAAAAAAGACUGCCUAAGUAUGAUUCCCAAUCAGAGACAACGAUAGACAGCUGUCCCUGAUUGAGAACCAUACCCGGGCCAAAACAUAGAAACAAACAACGUAGAAUGCCCACCCCAAAUCACACCCUGACCUAACCAAAUAGAGAAGGUUUGGGCGUGACACUCACUGCUGAUGUCCAUCAUGUUUCUGUUUAUCAAGUGAUAUUUAUGGGUGUUAAACAGUGGAAUCUACUGGCCCUUUAUCUAAUGGGUGUUAAACAGUGGAAUCUACUGGCCCUUUAUCUAAUGGGUGUUAAACAGUGGAAUCUACUGGCCCUUUAUCUAAUGGGUGUUAAACAGUGGAAUCUACUGGCCCUUUAUCUAAUGGGUGUUAAACAGUGGAAUCUACUGGCCCUUUAUCUAAUGGGUGUUAAACAGUGGAAUCUACUGGCCCUUUAUCUAAUGGGUGUUAAACAGUGGUAAUACAGUGGAAUCUACUGGCCCUUUAUCUAAUGGGUGUUAAACAGUGGAAUCUACUGGCCCUUUAUCUAAUGGGUGUUAAACAGUGGAAUCUACUGGCCCUUUAUCUAAUGGGUGUUAAACAGUGGAAUCUACUGGCCCUUUAUCUAAUGGGUGUUAAACAGUGGAAUCUACUGGCCCUUUAUCUAAUGGGUGUUAAACAGUGGAAUCUACUGGCCCUUUAUCUAAUGGGUGUUAAACAGUGGAAUCUACUGGCCCUUUAUCUAAUGGGUGUUAAACAGUGGAAUCUACUGGCCCUUUAUCUAAUGGGUGUUAAACAGUGGAAUCUACUGGCCCUUUAUCUAAUGGGUGUUUAACAGUGGAAUCUACUGGCCCUUUAUCUAAUGGGUGUUAAACAGUGGAAUCUACUGGCCCUUUAUCUAAUGGGUGUUAAACAGUGGAAUCUACUGGCCCUUUAUCUAAUGGGUGUUAAACAGUGGAAUCUACUGGCCCUUUAUCUAAUGGGUGUUAAACAGUGGAAUCUACUGGCCCUUUAUCUAAUGGGGGUUAAACAGUAGAAUCUGCUGGCCCUUUAUCUAAUGGGUGUUAAACAGUGGAAUCUACUGGCCCUUUAUCUAAUGGGUGUUGAACAGUGGAAUCUACUGGCCCUUUAUCAUCCUGUCUUUGUAGAUGACCUAUCUGCAGCUUGACAUUAGAAAUCUAGGAAUCUGACUGGGAGCUACAGAAUAAAGGGCGGGGGGGGGGGUCAGUCAGUGUAGCCCUGGAUGUUGGGGGAUGGGUUGUUGAUGGUUGCUAUAAGACGACGGACUGAGGAUGAAUCUAGUUUUUAAUGGAGGGUGUCCUGCUUCAGGCUAGUCCUCCCUCCUCGUGUCAGAGGAGAGGAGAGGAGAGGAGAGGAGAGGAGAGGAGAGGAGAGGAGAGG